CUGAUUGAUAUUUUCCUUUAUUCUCAUUACUAGUCUACUUGAUAUCAUAUUGAUAGUGUAAGGAGAAAUUCUGUCUAGAUCACUAGUGGGACUUAAAGAGUUGAAGGGGUGUGAGAUGAGGAAAAAUGGUUCUUUUGCCACCAACAAUGGAACUUUAUUGAGAAUUUGUUUUCAUCUUCUCCAGAUUAACAUACAUACAUACAUAACACAUAAAGGACUGUGAAAGCCAUUGAAUAAUAUUGUUUCUAGCCUCACAAAAGAUACUUAAACUGACCCUCAAAGCAAUAUAGGUGAGGCAAAUCUAAUCUCUUCAUUUCCCUGUGAUGUAAUUGACGUACAUUUUUGUUUUGGAAAACAAAGUGAAAAAGGGAAAACGCGCUCUGCAAGUUUUUAUUUUAAAAAAAGGCAAAAGAAUGAAAGGUGAGAGGCAGAGCAUCCCAUUGUCGAUGAAAUUUUAUCAAUUGCAAGGGAGGAUGAGGUACCUCGCUCCUGUUAUCUGUUAAAUAUUUCGUUUUAACGUAGCAUGUAUUCAAAUUGUACCUCAGCUUUUAUUUACCUAUGAUAUUUAAUAUGUAAUUUAUCCAAUUUCUAUAAUUUUCAAUAUCAUUCAUGAGGAUUGGAAUCGUAAUUUCAACUACUAGGGUCUGCACUUGGCAUCGAAGAACUUUUUUAUGACUUGCGAGUCUACUAGGAAUCUACAGGGAAAAAUAGUUACACAUUGUUUCGAUUUGGUCAUUUGUAAACCGCUUUAGAGUUUUCGUUGCUAGCCUCUUGGUUUCACAUUCUCCGCUAUUUGCAUAAGUUUACUUAAGCUGGUAUUUAAAUUUUAGACAAGGGACGAAGCAUGCCGGCCUCUGUGAAUUCUGGCCCCUUGAUGACCCUUCAAGGAAUUCUGAAAGUUCUAGAAAUUGUAAGUUUUACGAUCAACGAAAUACGUUUAUCAAAAAUCCCUGUAUGAAGGCUGUGCGCGCUGGCAGUGGGGGAGGGGGGGGGAGUAAGCCGUACGGCCUUGUGAUAUGUGAGCUGAAAGAUAGAAAAAGGAGGAAAAAGACAAUCCCACUUAGUGAAUAAUUACAGAUACCAAAAUUUAUGAACGAUACAAGUUUAUCAAAUGCAAUUCUUUUAAUUCGUUUGAAAGGUUUAUUUUUUUUAGAAAAACCAUGCAUAAAAAGACAAGUGGAAUGUGAAGAAGAUAGAAAAUGAGAAAAAGUGAGAGGGACUGGACAGAGUAAGGUAGAAGAAUGGAUGAGAACCAAAUGAAGAAACUGAGGGACAAGUCAUUAUUUGUCACGGGGGGAGAGGGGGGGGAGUGGGAAAGGCAUUGGGGGGCUUUGGGGGAUCACAUGGUAUCGGGGGAACAAAGGAGGAUAAGUAGUCGUUAACAACGUUUAGAGGAGGGGAGGGCGAUUAUUAUGACUAGUGCUUAUUUAAAAAAAUGAGGAUUUCUGGCUCUCAUAUUUUUCAUUUUAUUUUUAAAUGAUAUGAACAGGGUGUUAAUUUGGAGGACGGUGAGGGAUCACAUGAUUUUCAGGGGGGAAAGAGGGGAUCAGUAGUCGUUAACAGAGUAUAAAGCGGGAGAUUGUAAUGACUGAUCACUAUUUACAAAAAUGAGGAUACUGGCUCACAUAUAUUUCUAUUUUAACUGAUGUUAACAGGGUUCCAUUUGCGUGGCGUUUUCUUGCCUGGCUGAAUUUGACCAAAAAUAUGCUCUCUUUUGGUAUGAGGAGUAUCGAUCGCGGUUUGACUUCUUCAUGGCGGUGUUUGCUACAGGCUGGAUCGUCGUCUUGUGCGUGUUUCUGACAUUCAUUUUUAUAUCGGAAGGGAAUAUAACAACUGGAAAGAACUGGGAUAUUCUGGUGAGUAUAUCAGUACCGUUGAUUUGGAUCGAAAGUGACUGGAAUUUUUUUUGAGAAGUAUCUAAAUUUGACUGAGAAAAAGCCAGCUAGGAAUGACCCUUGAUUGUUUUUACAGUAGAAUCAUGAUAACUUGCCAGCAGGCAACGAAGCGAAGGGUCUGGCGAGAAAAUUUCAUACCCCUCACAGAAAUCGCUUAUGCUCACUUGGCUCCCCCUGCUGGCUUUUCGCGGGCUUCGCUGUUUGUGCAACAGCACUAAUGAAACCUACUCGCAAGAUAGAAUCUCUAUUUCUUAAAUCCAGGUUUCUUUGAAACUCCAAAUAAUUUGAAUAAUUUCCCGUUCUUCUGAUUUAUCCUCCAUGCAGCUCCUAGUGUUCUACAUUGUGUUUGUGAUGCUGUUUUUAAUCUCCUCCUCUCUCAUUGCGGACAUUUUGAGGGACAUGUACAGUGCCAAUUGGCACAAAAUUCCUCAUCGCAUGAGCUCCACCCACGUUCUGACUGUUUCUGUGGUAAGUGCAUGCAAAAAAUGCCAGUACUAGAUAGGGGAAGGGGGUAUUCUCGACAUAAAUAUGACCGCCGGGGGUGAUCCCACCUCCUUGAAAAAAAUUGACUUGGGCAACUUAAUUACCAUAACCAACAAUCGAACGUGGACCUUGUCAUGAGGAAGUUAGCGCGCUGGCAGUUUAACCACCGUUUCUGUCUCUACUUCAUUGAUUUAAGGUACUUAAUUUGCCAUAUCUCAGCGUAGAUGCUGUGGCAAUCGUUUGAACCCAGUAUCUUGCUCUGCAGCUCAGUCGCGAUUAGACUGUUCUUGUUUAGUUAGUCUCUAAGUUGAUCCGAUUGCAACUCUGUUUAGACAUACGAGAACAUAAAUAUCUCAUUUCAUCAAUGUUUGAAAUUCAUCCUAUAAUAGCUUCAGUUCCUACUUUUUCAUUCAUUAUCUCUAUUUCCUUUUUUUCUCCAGUGUUGUGGCUUUGUUUCGGCGGCUCUGUUUCUUAUGGAUUCCGCGAUUCUGUAUACGAAAAUCAACGGCCGGCCUGACGAUGAAACCUUGCCUGACCCUAACCCUAGAUUUUACUUAGAUUAGAUUUAAUUAAACCAGAGCAGUUAGUAGAACGUAUAUGUCAUGUGAUACUCACAUGCAUCCCUUUUAAAGUGCAUUGGAGGAGAUGCAAUGCCGGGGAAAGGUGUUGGCAGAAAAACUCCAACAAGAAUCUUUUCAACAAUACUCCUGCGCGUCAUGAUCCUGUUUCUACAUCCUUAACCUUAAUGGGCCAUUUCCGAAUCAACUUUUGCCUCUUUUUCAAAACAAGACCUGGUGCUCAACCAUUCGUAUGAAAAAUGAGUUUAAUUUACAUCUGAAUGAGAAUCUUAUAGUUAUAUAAAAACAGAUCAGCACCAGGACUUGCUUUGAUAAAGAGGCUAAGGGUAAGUCGGAAAUUAGCUAUUCUUUAUUAUCAGACUCUCAAUAAAAAAAUAUUUUGUGAUCUUUUCUAAAACGACCCUGAAUCUGCUAUAUAAUGAACUUUUUUUUGUAUCCCAAAUGAAUCAAGAGGUCAACAGAUUUCCCUGCGACUGUGAUUAUAUGACAAUCAUGUAUGUGAACAGCGGUUGAAGAAGUUAAAUGAAUAUGAUGGAGAUCUUUGCCUUUUUUUCACUAUAACUCAAGAAAGUUGAUUACAGCGAAUAUCGUUGUCAUAUUCACAUUUUCCUGUUUCAUAAUUUUCUUGAUCCGACCCAUUCCUCAGAAUAGCGCCAAAUUUUCACGGCCAAAUUAGUUUGUUGUCUCGUGAUAUCAGUGUGCCCGUGGCAUUUAUAAUGGGCUACAUUAAUCAAUGGAAUCAUUAUUAGUGUCAGUAGACGUUGCCUUAAGCUAAACGGAGA